AUGGCAUCAGCUAGCGACCCGCGCCAACCCCAGAAAGAUGCCGCCGACCAGAGCUUCGAUUACAUGUUCAAGCUCCUGAUUAUCGGAAAUAGCAGUGUGGGAAAGACGUCUUUUCUCUUUCGCUAUGCGGAUGACUCCUUCACUUCAGCCUUCGUCAGCACGGUGGGGAUAGACUUCAAAGUCAAGACCGUAUACAGAAACGAGAAGAGAGUGAAACUGCAAAUCUGGGACACAGCUGGCCAGGAGAGGUAUCGGACAAUCACCACCGCCUAUUACCGUGGAGCCAUGGGUUUCCUGCUUAUGUACGACAUUUCCAACCUUGAGUCCUUCAAUGCUGUGCAAGAUUGGGCCACACAAAUCAAGACAUACUCCUGGGACAACGCACAGGUCCUGCUGGUAGGGAACAAGUGUGACUUGGAAGAUGAGCGAGUAAUCCCAGCUGAAGAUGGACGUAGGUUGGCUGAGGAGCUAGGGUUUGAGUUUUUUGAGGCCAGCGCAAAAGAAAAUAUCAACGUGAAACAAGUCUUCGAGCGUCUGGUGGAUGUCAUCUGCGAGAAGAUGAAUGAAAGCCUGGAGAAUGGACCGGUGCCAGCUGGUGGUACCGCACACCUUACCGACUCUUCUCCAAAGGAACAGAGUAACUGCUCAUGUUAG